AUGGCUUAUCAUCUUUUGGCUUUAAAAGACAUGUUCCCUAGGGGUAUCAAUGUUCUGUCUCUUUUCUCAUGGACCGGUGGUGCAGAAGUUGCCCUCUAUCGGCUCGGCAUACCUUUGAAGUCUUUCUAUACCCCCCAUAACCCUUCUCCUCAAGUUUUAUUUGUUUUGAAACCAAGGGAGAAAGGGAUUAACACGGAUGGAGUUGAGACCAACUUGAAGGUGCUAGAGAGUUCAUGGAGAAUUAGAUACUUCGAUGGAUUGUUAAGGGUUAUGGGGUUAAUCCUUACGUCGGUAGCAGCAAUUUUGACGGGCGUGGACGAGGAGACUAAGACUAUACAUAUAAGUAUCACAAAGACCUUGCCCACUUUGCAUGUCCUUGUGACUGCUAAGUGGCACUACAUGUUAGCCUUUGUGUAUUUCCCCGUAUCAAAUGCGAUAGCAUUUUCAUACGUAGCGGCAUCUCUGGUAGCAUCAAUGGCGGUUCAGACAUCGAAAGACAUGACCGAAACCGUUCUGGUGGUUCUAGACAUGACCAUAAUGGGGUUGCUCUUGUCUGCUAACGGUGCAGCAAUUGCUGUUGGGGUGUUAGGCCAAUACGGGAACUCGCGUGUGCAGUGGAGGAGGGUAUGCAAUAUGUUGGGUGGAUUCUGUCACCAAAUGACUGCUGCUAUAAUCUUGUCUUUGGUUGCAUCAUCGAUUUUCUUUUGGCUGGCAGCACUCGUCAUUCUCAACCUUCACAAAAAAUCAAGGUAGAUGAUGGGAAUGAAGAAGGUGGAUGGGGAACCGUUGGUGGUAUUAAUGUUUAGCAUCUAUUUGUAGCU